AGAGUACCUUGUUACAAACGUCAGUCAAAUGUAAUCUGGUGAGAGGUAGUGAAGGUUCAGUUUUUUUUUAUAAUAAAUUUAUUUACGCUGAAUAAGUACUAUGUCCCACGAAAACAAUCUAGACUUGCAUCAUGUGCAACAGAGCUUCCACCGGAGCUUGAAAGAAGAGGAUGAUGUUGUUAUAGAGGCUUAUAUCGACGGUUACAAUGAGCUAGUGAAGUUUCUAAAUCUUAUCGGAACGGUGUUCUCAUUCGUUAGUAGCGAUGUGAAGAGUAAAAUUAAAGUUAUGGAUAAACACAAAGAAGGCGAAAAUUCGAUAUAUUACGAUUCGUUCAAGAAAAUGAUGAAGUAUGAAAAAGAGUCGAACCUUUACGAGAAGAACGGUUUUGUUUCUGGUUCAAGAACUAUGCUUAGAUUACAUAGAGGACUUGAUUUCAUCCGACUAUUCCUGAAACGAUUAAGCGAGGCAGAUGACUCUGUAAACACAUGUGCAAUAUGUCAGAGUGCGUACACUGAGACGUUGGCUGAAUUCCAUCCGUGGUACAUCAGAAAAGCGGCUACAUUGGCCAUGCACACGCUGCCAACUAGACCUGAUUUGCUUAAAAAGAUUUUCGGCACAGAAGAAAGUUUAGCGACAGCGCUCGCCAUUCUACCACAAACACUGCAAUCCUGCGACGAGGUUUAUAAACGUGUGAACCAGCUCUACACAGAAUUCGAGUUUCAUGAAUUGCCGUAAUAACUUUAAGUGCUACAAGUUAAUAGUGACACUUUGAUGUAUGUAUAUAUAGGUGUGAUAAAAACUUUGUUUAAAUUUUAUACAUUAUAUAUAGAUGUUUGUAAGUAAUCUCUAUUGAUCACUUUUAAGACACGGUUCGCGUAUUCAUUUGGGCAUAUGAUAUCUCCGAAGAGACAGUACAUUUACCUAAAAUAAUAUAUUAUAAAGUGAACAGUAGCCCUAUGAAAUCACGGAAUUAGUGAAGCAACAGAUCCGUGCCUCUGCUUCCGCAACUUUUAUAACGGAACUUUAACCGGAGGUUUAUCUCUAAUUUAUAAUAAUCGCUACUUUGGCCGCGAAACAAUAAUACAAUCAUUAAUCAAAUGAACAUGACAUACCGCUACUUUAUACAUUAACGCAGCGUCCAUCUUACAUGAAAAACUUUUUGUACGUAAGAAAAAUGUGGGGGCUUUAUUCACGAUAAACUUUCGCUUGCUCCGCUCGUCGCUGUGAACUUAGUUCAUAAUCGCCGUUUUCUGCAAUACGCGUAAGCGCAUGCGAGCACAUCGUAUGUUUUAACGCUUUUCAAACCCGAUUCGGUCGCAGCCAGUAAACUUUUGCGUACGUUCACAAAUUCAGUGGCGCCGUAAAAGCAUGGUAACUCCGUACAAACAUAUCAAACGUGACGCGGCUUGUGCGCGACCGUAGCGCGCCGGGCGCACGCAUUAGCAUAAUCUCGCGAUGCACCUGCGUUGCGUAACACUGGUCGUCCCAACGCACCUUUCAUUAUUAUUAUGCGAAUAAAUGCGUCCAUACACGGCGCGUGGCGGUCGCGCACGCAUACAAGCCGCGCUGUUACUUUGUACGGAGUUACCAUUCCUCUCUUAUUUUACAGUGGUAAAAGCGCGUCAGCUGCGCGUAUAAAAUAUAUAUGUCGUGUGCAUAUGCGUUACAACGGCUUCUUAUGGCCUGUGGCUCGUUUCGCGCAAACGCGCCGUGAGAAGAGGGCCGCCCGAGCGCGCCCGUAGCAGCCUGUUCGGAUCCGCCGUUAGUCGGUAUCUUCAAAGACGCGGCGCGAAAGCUUGGCACAUACCCGAAUACGCGCUGCCACGCGAGUCGACCCAAGGCCACCCGGGAACCCGUUCAUUUCGCGACCUCGCGUUUGAACGCAUUCUUAUAAGGCGAUACAGACGUCUGCUGGUGGCGGAGCGGCGCAGUGCGACUUCGAACGCACAUCUAGCAAAUUUGUAUAGCUUUGUACGAGCGUUUGAGUCGAUACAAAUGCAACAAUCUACUUUUUGAGCCUAUCACAGAUUACUUUAUAGUUUACUACGUAACAAAUACGUCAUUCUCAUACAAAAUUGAAAAUACCUACGCUGUAAUAGCCUAUUUAAUCUAACUAAUGACAGCAGACGCGCUCAGAGAGGUGAAAAUAACGUAGCCCGCAGUGUUCAGUGCAGUCGUGCGGAACC